UUCACUUGUUUUCUAUAAGUAACAUUGUUUAUAGAAAUAAGUGUGUAGGUUUAACUAAAGUAAAAGUGUUUGUUUUAGUUAACGGUCACUAACAUGUCCUCGUGGCAGGUAGCCGGGCAGCAGUACCAAGAUUAACAAGUAAAAAUAAACUCUAGUGGCAACCAAAUUGUACAUUGUGGCAUUUAGUUAUUCGUUAUCUAUUCAACAGUAUACUUCAGCCAUGUUUCUAUUGGUAUAUUAAUCUCAUUGGCAUUGAAUGAAAGUCGUUCCCUCUGCUCCUCCAACUUUAAUUGGACUCACCAUUUCCAACUUGUUCUGCUGAGAUUUUGGCAGAUAUUCACCAAGCAGUGCAGUCUGCUCUCUGUCAUCCUCAAGAAGGAGCUGAAAGCAUCACAUCACUGUUAAUUCAGCAUGGCAGAUGCAGAGCUGGACUUCCAGACAGGGGAUGCAGGAGCAUCCGCCACCUACCCAAUGCAGUGCUCUGCCCUGCGCAAAAAUGGCUUUGUUGUGCUGAAAGGCCGCCCCUGCAAGAUUGUUGAGAUGUCCACCUCAAAGACCGGCAAGCACGGUCACGCUAAGGUUCACUUGGUUGGUAUUGACAUAUUUUCUGGUAAGAAAUAUGAAGAUAUUUGUCCCUCUACCCAUAACAUGGAUGUCCCCAACAUCAAAAGAAUGGAUUAUCAGCUGAUUGGGAUCCAAGAUGGCUACCUAUCCCUGCUUCAGGACAGUGGGGAGGUGAGAGAGGACCUUAAGAUUCCCGAAGGAGACCUGGGAAAAGAAAUCGAGAGCAAGCACGAAGCUGGAGAGGAGAUCCUGAUCACUGUUCUAAAUGCAAUGGAUGAAGAAGCUGCAAUUGGCAUCAAAGCCUUUGGUAAAUAAGCCACUGCAGGUAAAUACAGAGCUGCAGCUGUUCUCUCACCCCACAACUACCGCUUGACCCAAGCCUGCCCGAAGAGGAGAGUGUUAUGUAAAAUUAUGUAUGUGUGCGUGUGUCCGGGUGUUGCACCACAAGCCACCAGCAUGUGCCAUGCCAGUUCAGUGUGUGUGAUGUCAUGUUCUGCAGCAAGGGGAAGGCAACUCCAGCCGUCAUGUUCCAAGGCUGUUACUGAGGUUUGUCAUUCAGAUUGGACAUUUAGUAUAUCAAUCACCAUUUUAAGUUGUUAAUAUUUACAUUUCUGUGCAUAUACUAUACUGGAAAUAUCUGUAUUUGUCAUAUUAAUGCAUAGCUUAAUUAUAUUUUUAUGUAUAUACAUGUUUGAAUUAGGCAUGUAGUGAUUAGGUGAUAUUUUAACAUAUACAUCUGGCAGAAUGUAACAUAUCAGUUGAGCAGUGUGCCACUGUGGAUUUGCCUACCCCUUAAUAUACUUUCUCUUUCAUUUGAACACUUUUAUGAGCAUGUGUAAUAUUUUAUGUAGCACGAUGGAAUGAGAGCUUACUGUAUGGUUCAUAUUGUAUUUUGGAGCAAUGUUCCAGUUUUUUCUUCAGUGGGUUGCACUUCAUUUUACAGCCUCAUCAUAGACACUUUGUCCUGUACUCCUUUUUCCUAAGAAACAGCUUGUAAAUCUGUUAGGCCAAACUGUUUCAUGCACUUUGUUUUCUAUUCUUCACCCUCAAACUGUGGGCUGUAGAAUUAAGUGUCCACAAAAUAUGUGCUUAAAGAUGUUGUGCAAUGUUGACUAGUUAAAAAUAAUCAACAAAGAACUAAUUAAAAUAUGGUUUCUCUCA